GCUGCUACCCGCCAGGGAGGUACAGUUCCAUUUCAACCCGGUAUUUGGGGAAUGAUCAUGCCUACCUGGUACGCAAAUCCAAUUUACCCAACCAAUCCCUGGUGACGGUGCUCGGGACUGGUAAUUGUCUCGACGGGUAGCUCUCGCGCUCCAAUCCGAAAGCUAUUCAGAGAAAGAAGCUUCUUGCGCUCCAAUCCGGAGCCUCAUUCGUUCGGGGAACGAUGCGGCUCAUUCUCAGACUGCCCGAGAGGUCAGUAUACCACACAUGACCACACUGACAUGAGAAUACAAAUAUGCAACCGCCCGCAGAGGCAGAACAUGGGGAAGGGUCUCAGCUAUCAGGCACGCAAGCCCAAGCCCACCGGAUUCGAGUAGCCACACAACCAGCAUCCUCUCAUCAUGUUCGGCCCUACCAAGUCGAUGCUCAGGGGCAUCGCUAUCGCGGGCGUCCUCCUCGGCGGCAGCGUCCAUGUCGCGCAGGCCGAUAACCCCAUCAUCCAGACCCUCUAUUCCACCGACCCGGCACCCUACGUGUGGAACAACACGGUCUGGCUGUUCACCGGCCAUGACGAGAGCGGCGCGACGAACUACGACAUGAGAGACUGGCGCCUCUACUCGUCGACAGACAUGGUCAACUGGAGGGACUGGGGCGUCAUGAUGAGCCUCAAGACGUUUAGCUGGGCUAGAGCAGAUGCGUGGGCAGGUCAGGUCAUCGAGCGGGACGGCAAGUUCUACUACUACGUGCCGGUGACGAAGAACAGCGGAGGCUAUGCCAUCGGUAUCGGCGUAAGCGACAGCAUUACGGGACCGUACAAGGACGCCCUGGGCAAGGAGCUGCUGGCCAACGGAGGUAUUGACCCGACUGUCUGGAUCGACGAUGACGGCCAGGCGUAUAUGUACUGGGGCCACUCUGGUGCCUACUACGUCAAGUUGAACGAGGAUAUGCUGUCGUAUAGCGGUGCUAUUACGAGCACCUCGGUCCAGGACUUUAUCGAAGGCCCCUGGCUCCACAAGCGCAACAGCACCUGGUAUCUCACCUACUCGGGCUUCGGCGGCGCCAACGAGGACAUCAAGUACGCGACGAGCAGCAAGCCGACCGGGCCCUGGGCUUUCAAGGGUCAGAUCAUGGCGCCGCAGGGCAAGUCGUUCACCAACCACGCCGGUAUCAUCGACUACAAGGGCGGCUCGUACUUCUUCUACCACAACGGCGCCCUCCCCAACGGUGGCACCUACGCCCGCUCCGUCUGCGUCGAGCAGUUCACCUACGACGCCGAUGGCAGCAUCCCCAAGAUGGUCAUGACGGACGCGGGCGCACCGCAGAUCGAGCCCCUGAACCCGUACCAGCAGGUCGAGGCCGAGACCAUCGCCUUCUCGUCGGGUCUGACCACGGCGGCGAAGAGUGACGGCGGCAUCUACGUGACUUCGAUCAGCGACAACGACUACAUCAAGGUCAAGGGCGUCGACUUUGGUACCGGGGCCGCUUCCGUCGACCUCCGGGUUGCUGCCGCGGCUGGUGGUGGAAAGAUCGAGCUCCGUGUGGGCAGCCAGACCGGUACGGUCAUCGCAACGUGUGCUGUUGAUGCUACUGGUGGCGCGCAGACAUGGAAGACAAUCUCGUGCCCUGUUACUGGCGCCGAGGGCAAGCAGGAUCUGUUUUUCAACUUCUCUGGCAGCAACUACAACUUUGACUGGUGGCAGUUCAAGCAGGCUGCGUGAGCCCGUGUGUAUGGGUUUUAGUCGAGACAUGGCACAAUUUAACUAACGCUCUUUUCACUUG